GGGACCGCGGCGGAGGCUGGAGGUAGGCGUCGGGAUGCAGCGCCCCGGGCCCUUCAGCACCCUCUACGGGCGGGUCCUGGCCCCGCUGCCCGGGCGGGCCGGGGGCGCGGUCUCCGGUGGAGGCGGGAACAGCUGGGGCCUCCCGGGCUCGCACGUGCAGCUGCCAGGUCGUACACAGUCGGGGACCCGCGACUGUGCUGGAAGCACAAGUACCAGCGGCGGGGACUCCGACAGCGUCUGCCCGGCCCCCUCCAAGAUGUCCAAGGCCGAAGAGGCCAAGAAGCUGGCAGGCCGUGCGGCGGUGGAGAACCACGUGAGGAAUAACCAAGUGCUGGGAAUUGGAAGUGGUUCUACAAUUGUCCAUGCUGUGCAGCGAAUAGCUGAAAGAGUGAAGCAAGAGAAUCUGAACCUCAUCUGCAUCCCCACCUCCUUCCAGGCCCGUCAGCUCAUCCUGCAGUAUGGUUUAACGCUCAGUGAUCUGGAUCGACACCCAGAGAUUGACCUCGCCAUCGAUGGUGCUGAUGAAGUAGAUGCUGAUCUGAAUCUCAUCAAGGGUGGUGGAGGCUGCCUGACCCAGGAGAAGAUCGUGGCUGGCUAUGCCAGUCGCUUCAUCGUGAUCGCUGAUUUCAGGAAAGAUUCAAAGAACCUUGGGGAUCAGUGGCACAAGGGAAUCCCCAUUGAGGUCAUACCAAUGGCCUACGUCCCAGUGAGCCGAGCUGUGAGCCAGAAGUUUGGGGGUGCAGUUGAACUCCGAAUGGCUGUUAACAAGGCAGGUCCUGUGGUGACAGAUAAUGGGAAUUUUAUCUUGGAUUGGAAGUUUGACCGGGUACACAAAUGGAGUGAAGUGAACACAGCUAUCAAAAUGAUUCCAGGUGUGGUGGACACAGGUCUGUUCAUCAACAUGGCUGAGCGAGUUUACUUUGGGAUGCAGGAUGGUUCAGUGAACAUGAGGGAGAAGCCUUUCUCUUGACCCUGCAAGGAGCAGAGUGUGUUCAUCUUGAGCCCACAACCUAUGUGGACACACUUCUCCAGGAGCCUUUGCCUUAAUGUAUCUGUGCCAGGAUGAACAACUGGCAGGGUGAGGUGGGGGUGGGGGUGUUUAAAUCCAGUCUUCUCAAGUAUUGUUACUAAGUGUCUUUUUAAAAAGAGAAAUAUAAACAUAUAUUUUUACUAUUUAAAUAUUCAGUUUUUUUAUAAAGUAGAACUUGAUUUCAUGUUUUAUAUCAAACAUUUACCAAAAAAUGGGGUGGGUAGAGGGGACUGUCUUUAAAACCUUUGAUUUGAGCCUGCUGGUUAAGCUUCUGAAUAUUGGAUUUGCUGAGAAAUAACAAAUCAGAACUUUUUUUUUAAGCUGGUAGAAUGAAGGGCCCAGCUGGCAGUAAUCUCCUGAUGCCUUACUGGAAACCUUGUUUACUUGUCUGCCACUCUCUGUUUUGUUUCAGUUAGUUUUCAUUGUGAGCACGCACAAUACAGUACCUAGUUACAUAUUUGAUCUGGUUUACAAAAGUCUGCUGGGCAGAGCAGUGUGGUGUGGAGUGACUUGGAAUGUAAACUUACAGGGGAAAAAAUGUGGUCGUACUUUUGCUAAGAUCCGGGGGUUUCUCCAGAUGCCCACUGUUGGAAGCAGUUGGCCAGAAUGAUUGCCAGUACUGCCAAAGCACUGAUGUGAAAUGUGAAAUAUUUGUUUCUUUAAUGAUUUGUUGUUAAUUAUUUUUGUGUUUCUUUAUUAUUACUUGCAUGGUUUGACAUCAGAAAUUGUCACCUCUUUUUAUUGUUUGCAGAUUGGAAUAAAACUGUGUGGUGCCA